AUGCUCAGUGCCGUAGCAGCCCGCAGAGCGCGUCUUCAAUCGCAGAAUCCCACCGAACCGGCGCCACAGUCCACAACUUCUCCCACCACAGCCCCUACACCUGAACCGACCUCCAAAAAAUCUUCCUCAUCUUCUAUCCAUCUUACAAAACCCUCUUCAAAACGCAAAUCAAGCAAUCAGGGUACUCCUGGAUCUGGGCGGAAGAAGUUGAAGAAAACCAAAACUAACAGAUAUUUCGUCGCGCCUCAAGUCGGCAAGGAUGAAUUCAAAACACAAGAUUCGUUCAUAAACAUCCAUGCAGACGAUUCUGAUGACUCUAUGGACUCAGAUCUCGACGAUGCUGCCGAACUGGAUGUCAUGCCAGAACCUGUGGCGGGCGUACGUGCGCCACACACUCGUACGCCGAAGAGGAUUUCUGUUUUGGACCCCCUGGUGCAAGACUCUUCAGACGAGGAUGGAUCUGAGGAAGAACUCGUGGACGAGGUUUCAGCCGAUAUACCUUUGGCCUCCUUGGUCCCACCCGCGCCGGCCCUCGUCCAAGCUUCCCCUAUCCUCUCUACAUUCCGCUCGAUUCCAGACGAGAACACCUUUUCGCUAUCAUCCUCCGAAUAUGAAGCACUUAGAAUCUCUGGUGAACGUGCCGUUAUUCUCGUUCUUUCACCUUGCGAGACUCUAGCGCUCCUUGGCGCCUACAGUUUUACAGUCCUUCGUGGCUCUGUAACCAUCAACGGCGUCACCCUGCACCCUUCCAAAGUCUCGCACCGAGUCUUCGCUCCCAGGUCGUCCCCAAUUCCAAUCUUAGAAGCAGUAGCGAAGCGUGGCGAGUCAUCAAAACAUCCUAGCCUUGCUACAUUUCCAGCCAGAGUGGCAGAAUUUGUCGGGCAGCAUGAUAGUGUGGUAAUACUCCAGGAUCUUGAAACCGGGGUUGAAGGACUGGGACGUGUCGUACGGACAUUUGAGAGUUCAUUCAAAUGCACUCGUAAGGAAGAGGACGAAGAGGGCUCUGACUUGGGCCUUGCUGGCGUUCGUCUCCUUUGCCAUCAAUCCCGAGACAUCCAGCCAUUUUGUUUGCCUCAUACAUGGGAAAGCGCGAUGUCUUCCUCUGCCCCUACCUUGCGGAGCGACUCAGUCUCCUUGGCUGUUCCGACAACGAGCUUGGUGAAAGGUCCUAAGAAUUCAGGCAAGAGCACCUUCGCUCGGACACUUCUUAAUCGGUUUUUAACGAGAUAUCAGCGCGUCGCUUUCCUCGAGUGUGAUAUCGGUCAAUCCGAGUUCACUCCGGCUGGCAUGGUGGCACUGAAUAUAGUUGACAGUCCGAUAUUCGGCCCGCCAUUUACACACCCCUCUAUCCCUCACCAAGCGCACUACAUCGGCUCCACCUCUCCUCGAUCAUCCCCGUCCCACUACCUUCAAACCAUCCAAUCCCUCAUGCAGACAUACCACCUAGACAUCCAACACGCCACCACAUUUUCCGAAUGCAGCGAUGGAAACGACAGUCGCAUCUCAGACAUCAUCCCGCUUGUAGUCAACACCAUGGGCUGGACAAAAGGUCUCGGCGCUGACCUCGCUCAAAAGCUUGAAGAUAUCAUCGAACCUACACACAUAUUUGAGAUAGAAGCGCCGACGCCCACAGACCAACGUUGGUAUAUGCCUCCACAGUCGGAGGUGUUGGCGCCGCAUGGACUUGGAUUCGGUGACUCCGAAGUAACGAGACACGUCCUCGAGCCCAUUUCUUCGCCCAUCUUGUCUACCAGGUUCGCCGCAGCCGACUAUCGUAACCUCUCCAUCAUGUCAUACCUCCACGCCGUCUUUCACUCCGCUCCUUCGUCACAAUCGUCCACGAGCAGUCUGAUCGCUACUUCCUGGAAUACGGCCCUUCCGCUCUGCGCAGAGUUGCCCUAUACUUUGGACUGUGACACAGCGCUAGGUAGGGUCUAUCUGACGGGUGCAGGUGCCGAAGAUGUUGUUCCCUCCGAGGUAUUGAGGGUCCUCAACGGCGCUAUAGUAGCGUUAGUGCGUUCUGACGACAAUACAGGCGAUGUCGACGGCGGCGUCGACCCUAUGGCCCCAGAGUCAUACACCGAAACGCCGCAAAUCACUAUUAAAUAUACUCAAGGAUCUCCUCCGCCUUCCCCUCUCUCGUCAUCCUGCAUCGGACUCGCUUUAAUACGUGCCGUCUCUCCAGCGUCCUCCGCAUCAAACAACAGCAGCACCGCCUACACUCCCACCCGACUCCAACUCUUAACUCCUGCCCCCCCACAUCUGCUCGCCAACCAUCGCAUCCUUGUCAAAGGCGAGCUCGAACUUCCCGUUUGGGGUAUGCUUGAUUUCCGGACGGGAGGCGGUGGAGGCGACGGCGGUGUGGCGGGGGUGGAGAGGGAGAGGGUUCCGUACUUGAGGUGGGGGAGGGGUGGGGAUGGAGCGAUUGGAGGAGAGAAGAGGAGAGUGAGGAGGAAUUUGAUGCGGAGGGGACAGAUGUAAAUUGUUUUGAAGAUAUCUGGACGGGACUGGGCACAAAAUGGUUACUGGCGUUUAACCAAAAUGACUGCACAUGAUUCUUCCCACUUUGC